AUGUAUCCUCAAGCGGCCGAGUAUCUAGAUGACAGUGUUCAUGAGACAAAAUGGGCAAGAUGUAAAUUUCCGGGAGAAAGGUACAACAUAGACACAACCAACACUCUUGAAUCUAUCAAUGGUGUUUUGAAGGAACCAAGGAAAUAUGCGUUGUUGCCAAUGCUUGAUGUGAUCGUGGAAAAGAUAACAGAAUGGUUCAACAAAUACCGUCUAUUAUCUCUACGCGUACCAGAGAGGCAGAUACUAAUCCCACAUGUGCAUGGGAUAUUGCAUCACAUAUAUCCUACGGCUAAAAAGCUGAAGGUGACCGAGCUAAAUACAUUUGAAGGUCACUACAAUGUGCUUGGCGAGGAUGGUCAUGGUUAUUUGGCUGAUCUGAGCAACAAAACAUGCUAUUGUAGGUGUUUUGAUAUUGAUCGGUAUCCUUGUGUGCAUGCACUUGCUGCCAUCAUGGCGCGUGGAGAAAUGGCUGAACAUUAUUGUUCUAGGUAUUACUGGAUGGAGCAGUGGACUUUGGCAUAUUACAGGACAAUAUAUCCAGUGCCUCAUCAUUCAACAUGGGAAAGUUCUGAAAUUCCUGAGGAAAUCCGAUCUCAGGUUGUCCUCCCUCCGUAUGUGGAGAAAAAAAAAGGAAGACUACAAGUUACUAGAUUCUCAUCUGCCGGAGAAUAUCGGAGGAAGAGAAAGAAGAAGUUUCCACCAUUGAUUGGUGAAAACGAAGAAAGUGGCAGUGAUGGCAGUGACAGUGAUAGCAGUGGUAGUGACAGCAGUGACAGCAGUGGAAAUGGGAACGAAGGAGGUGACAACGAAGGAAGUGGUAACGAAAAAAAUGAUGAAUGA